UUUGGAAACGUGUAAUCAAACGACAGCUUACGCCGGUCAAUUGACAGAAUCGAUGCUCUGUGCUGGACACAUGGACGGUCAGAAAGACGCCUGUAAAGGAGACAGUGGAGGACCACUGAUGUGUCGUGACGCAAUAACAAACAAAUGGAGUCAAAUUGGUGUUGUGUCUUUUGGAAAGGGCUGUGCAGACGACCAGUACUGA